CGGGGCCGCUCGGAGCCGCCGGAGCCGCCGGAGCCGCCGCGCCCGCGAUGGAGCCCAACAGCCCCCGCAAGAUCCAGUUCACGGUCCCGCUGCUGGAGCCGCACCUGGACCCGGAGGCGGCCGAGCAGAUCCGGAGGCGCCGCCCGACCCCGGCCAACCUUGUCCUGAGCAGUGACCAAUCGUCCCCAGAGAUCGACGAGGACCGGCUGCCCAACCCCCUGCUGAAGUCCGGCCUGGCCAUGUCCCCCCGGCAGAGGAAGAAAGUGUCUCGCAGCACCCCCACCAUGAAAGAGCUGCAGAUGAUGGUGGAGCAUCACCUGUGCAAGCAGGCGCAGGGCGGCGACGACGACGACGAGGUGGCGGCCACCGCCCGCUGUCACCGCGGCGGGGACACCGAGCCCGAGCACCGGCACAGCCCCGGCCCGGCCCCGCCCGGCCACCGGACCCCCGGAGAUGGGACCCCCCAAGCGGGGACACCCCGGGCCGGGACCCCCCAAGCCGGGACCCCCCAAGCGGGGACCCCUCGGGCCGGGACCCCCGGGGCCGUGCGGCGCAGCCGGGCUGAGGACGGGACCCAUAUAGAGCCUGGGGACAGCGCGGGCAGCGGCCACUAGGUGUGGCCGCCGGACGCCAGCGCAGAUUUUUUUUAUUCCGUUUUCUAAGAUUUUGGGGCCGCCCAGAAUUCUUUUGGGAUUUUUUUUAUUUAUUUUAUUUAAUUUUAUUUUAUUUUAUUUAAUUCCCACUGGCAGGUCCCCUCCCCCUGGGGACCUCGGGGCAGGUGACACGUGCCACACACCCUCCCCCCCCCACCCCGCACUGCCACCCUUGGGUGACACCGGGGACUCUGAGUGACACCCUGCGUGCCCCCCCCCAUCACUGCCACCCCCGGGGGUCCCCAGGGCAGGUGACAUUGGGGACACUGAGCAGACCCCCCCCCACAAUCACUGCCACCCUCGGGCCCCCCCCGCACCUGUGCACACCUG